ACACCGCAGAGGAUCAAACCCCUCCAAUUUUUCGGAGAAGACUCUCCUUUCCAUUCCAGCCUCAGCUUCUAGAAAAAAAAAAAGAAGAAAAAUCACGGCACGCAGCCCUAGACCCAUUUCUUUUCUCCUCACAACUCACAACACCACACGCCCCCAUUCUUAUACAUACACUUGCAGAAACAGUCAUAAAACCGUUGCUCAGCUCCUCCAUUACUCCUUUGUUUUCAAUCUCAAUCAUCAUCAUCAAAAUCCUUAUCUCAUUUCUGCCGUAUUUUCAUGUGAAUGCGUGAUCGUCGUCAUGUAUAUAACGGCCUCCUAUUCCUCUGCCUCUUCGCUCCUCAGAGCUUCUAGGGCUUCCAGACUCUUCUCCUCCUCCCUCUCCCGACCCUUCGCCCGCUCGCUUCCCAAGCCUUACUCGCCGUCCUCCUUCUCCUCCUCCUCCGUCGCCGCCUACCGAUCCCUCUCCUCCGCGGUUCGCUCCGUCCCUCGCUGGAGCCACGGCGUCCACUGGAACUCCCCCUACACCCUCCGCUCUCAGAUCAGGGCAGUCGCUCCUGUGAUCCAACAGUUCCAACGCAAGAUCGCUUCCAUGGCUGCUGAAAAUCCUUUCAAGGGAAACCUGACCAGUCUUCCAAAGCCUGGGGGCGGUGAAUUCGGAAAGUUCUACAGUCUGCCUUCUUUGAAUGACCCUAGGAUCGAUAGAUUGCCCUAUUCUAUUCGUAUCCUUAUUGAAUCUGCUAUUCGGAACUGUGACAAUUUCCAAGUCAAGAAGGAAGAUGUUGAGAAGAUCAUUGACUGGGAAAAUACUGCACCUAAGCAAGUUGAAAUUCCCUUUAAGCCUGCUCGUGUCCUCUUGCAGGAUUUUACUGGAGUACCAGCUGUGGUCGACCUUGCUUGUAUGCGUGAUGCCAUGAACAAGCUUGGCAGUGAUUCUAACAAGAUCAACCCCUUGGUUCCUGUUGAUCUUGUUAUUGAUCAUUCAGUGCAAGUUGAUGUGGCAAGAACAGAAAAUGCAGUACAAGCUAAUAUGGAGCUUGAGUUCCAAAGAAACAAGGAGAGAUUUGCUUUUCUUAAGUGGGGCUCGAAGGCUUUCCAUAAUAUGCUUGUUGUUCCACCUGGUUCUGGUAUCGUGCAUCAGGUUAACCUUGAAUAUCUUGGGCGUGUCGUCUUCAACACUGAGGGGCUGCUCUACCCAGAUAGUGUGGUUGGAACUGACUCCCAUACAACCAUGAUUGAUGGGUUGGGAGUUGCUGGCUGGGGAGUUGGAGGUAUUGAAGCAGAGGCUGCAAUGCUUGGUCAGCCCAUGAGCAUGGUGUUGCCGGGUGUUGUUGGCUUCAAGUUGUCUGGUAAAUUGUGCAAUGGAGUUACUGCUACUGACUUGGUUUUAACUGUAACACAAAUGCUGAGGAAGCAUGGAGUUGUUGGCAAAUUUGUUGAAUUUUAUGGGGAUGGUAUGGGCGAACUAUCAUUAGCUGACAGAGCCACCAUUGCCAAUAUGUCUCCUGAGUAUGGUGCAACUAUGGGGUUCUUCCCUGUGGAUCACGUUACUUUACAGUAUCUCAAAUUGACUGGUAGAAGUGACGAAACUGUGGCAAUGAUUGAAGCUUACCUGAGGGCAAACAAGAUGUUUGUUGACUAUAGUGAGCCUCAACAAGAAAGUUUUUUUAGAGUGUACUCAUCUUACCUGCAAUUGGAUCUUGCGGAUGUCAAACCCUGUGUUUCAGGACCAAAGAGACCUCAUGAUCGUGUGGCUUUAAAGGAAAUGAAAGUUGAUUGGCAUGCGUGUCUUGAUAACAAGGUUGGGUUCAAGGGAUUUGCUGUACCAAAAGAAGCACAAGACAAAGUAGCCAAGUUUUCAUUCCACGGACAACCAGCGGAACUUAAACAUGGGAGCAUUGUGAUUGCUGCAAUUACAAGUUGCACCAAUACGUCAAACCCAAGUGUUAUGCUUGGGGCUGCUCUUGUUGCUAAAAAGGCUUGUGAACUUGGUUUACAGGUUAAACCUUGGGUAAAAACAAGUCUUGCCCCAGGCUCUGGAGUUGUUACAAAAUAUUUACUGCAGAGCGGCCUGCAGAAAUAUUUGAAUGAACAAGGCUUCAAUAUUGUUGGAUAUGGAUGCACAACAUGCAUAGGAAAUUCAGGGGAAUUAGAUGAAUCAGUUGGCUCUGCUAUCACGGAAAAUGACAUUGUUGCGGCUGCUGUGCUGUCUGGGAAUAGGAACUUUGAGGGUCGUGUUCAUCCCUUGACAAGGGCCAACUACCUUGCCUCGCCUCCUUUAGUGGUGGCCUAUGCCCUUGCUGGCUCGGUUGACAUUGACUUUGAGAAGGAGCCAAUUGGAAAAGGAAAGAAUGGUAAGGAUGUCUACUUCAAGGACAUCUGGCCAACUACAGAAGAAAUUGCAGAGGUUGUCCAAGCCAGUGUGUUGCCUGCUAUGUUCAAAAGCACAUAUGAAGCUAUUACAAAAGGCAACUCUAUGUGGAACCAGCUGUCAGUUCCUGCUUCCACCCUCUACUCUUGGGACCCUAAUUCAACCUACAUUCAUGAGCCCCCAUACUUUAAAAAUAUGACAAUGAAUCCUCCCGGUGCCCAUGGAGUGAAAGAUGCCUACUGUCUGCUGAACUUUGGUGACAGUAUUACAACAGAUCAUAUUUCUCCAGCUGGAAGCAUCCACAAGGACAGUCCUGCUGCGAAAUAUCUUCUUGAGCGUGGUGUGGAUCGCAAAGACUUUAAUUCUUAUGGAAGUCGCCGUGGAAACGAUGAGGUGAUGGCAAGGGGAACCUUUGCCAAUAUCCGUCUUGUUAACAAGCUUUUGAACGGGGAAGUGGGUCCAAAAACAGUUCACAUUCCAACAGGAGAGAAGCUUUAUGUUUUUGAUGCUGCAACGAGAUACAAAUCUGCCGGGCAUGAUACCAUUAUAUUGGCUGGAGCUGAGUACGGUAGUGGAAGUUCCAGGGAUUGGGCUGCCAAGGGUCCAAUGCUAUUGGGAGUCAAAGCCGUGAUUACCAAGAGUUUUGAGAGAAUCCAUCGCAGUAAUUUAGUAGGAAUGGGUAUCAUUCCUCUUUGCUUCAAGGCUGGUGAGGAUGCAGAGACUUUGGGAUUGACUGGUCAUGAACGUUAUACCAUUGACCUCCCAAGCAAUAUUAGUGACAUAAGGCCUGGCCAAGACGUGACCGUCACAACCGACAACGGGAAAUCCUUCACGUGUACAGUGCGCUUUGAUACUGAGGUGGAAUUGGCUUACUUCAAUCAUGGAGGUAUUCUUCCUUAUGCUAUUAGGAAUCUAAUUAAGCAGUGACGAUAUUGCUUUCUUGCUUGCUCCAUCCAGUAAUUUUUCCAAUUAUAGACUGUGAUGAAGGAAAUAAAGAGAGUUUGUAAUAACAGGGAAAAGUAACACGCAACAAAUAAUCUUUUUAUCUUUUGGCUUUUUCCAUUCCACAUUCUACACUGGAGUACAGGCAUGUGUCUGUUAAGAGCAUAAAAAUUGUUUUGUUAUUAUAAUUUGUUUUUUUUCCCUUUCUCCAUCAUUGCUUGUUCUCAAGCGUUUUAAUAUAUAUACGUUGGUCCCUAUGGGGCAACA